UUUCUUUGCCUUGCAGAGAAAGAGAUCAGAAGAUGCCUGAGCCCGCGAAGUCGGCUCCCGCCCCGAAGAAGGGCUCCAAGAAGGCCGUGACCAAGGCCCAGAAGAAGGACGGCAAGAAGCGCAAGCGCAGCCGCAAGGAGAGCUACUCGGUGUACGUGUACAAGGUGCUGAAGCAGGUUCACCCCGACACCGGCAUCUCCUCCAAGGCCAUGGGCAUCAUGAACUCGUUCGUCAACGACAUCUUCGAGCGCAUCGCGGGCGAGGCUUCUCGCCUGGCGCAUUACAACAAGCGCUCGACCAUCACGUCCCGGGAGAUCCAGACGGCCGUGCGCCUGCUGCUGCCCGGGGAGCUGGCCAAGCACGCGGUGUCCGAGGGCACCAAGGCCGUCACCAAGUACACCAGCUCCAAGUGAGCGCGCCAACCUCACUCUUGACCCAAAGGCUCUUUUCAGAGCCACUCACCUUCUCAAUCAAAAGACGGUGGUGUAGCACUGUAUUGUUUUAAAUCUAGGCAGCAGAAGCAAUGAGGAAGCAACGUUACUUCUUCCCUAACUGAAUAUACCCGAGUCACUUACAAUCUGCCAUAGGACAAGGGUAAUCUGAGAAUAAAGCAGUUCGAGGACCUA